AAAGAUGCCGGCAACGGGCCCAGCGACCACUACCAAACGCGGCUUCCCGCAUGGCGAUAUGCCCUCCGGCAAUGGUGCUUGCCCAUUGUGCGCGAGGAAACCGAGGCGUUGGCCCGGCUCCAGGCCUGGGCACGCACGCCGGCGCUCGAUGCGUACUUUGCCUGGACCGCCAACUUGGCCUCGCACACGUUCUACGUGUUGAUGCUCCCGCCGCUGUUCUGGUUCGGCGCGUCGGCCAUGGGCCGCGACCUUGUGUUUGUGCUCGGCAUGGGCGUGUACGUCACGGGGUUCUGCAAAGACUUGCUCUGCUUGCCGCGUCCCCGCUCGCCGCCGUUGCAGCGCAUCACCAUGCUGGCGUACACGGCGCAGGAGUACGGGUGGCCGUCGUCGCACUCGGCCAACGCCACGGCGGUCUCCUUGGUGCUCCUCUGCAGGCUCGUGCAGAUGCACGGCCUGAUGAGCACGGCCCGUUUCGCCGCGCUCGCGGCGCUCUUGGCCGGGUACUACUUCUCGCUUCUCUUGGGCCGCUUGUACUGCGGCAUGCACGGCUUCUUCGACGUCGGGGCGGGGGUCGUGCUCGGCGCAGGCCUCUUCCUUUUCCGGCACGUGUACGGCGCGGCCUACGACACCUGGCUCCUCCACUCCGCCCGGAACGCCAGCUGGCUGGGCAUUUUCGCCACGGUGGCCAUGAUCGUCGCGGGCCACUUGUUCUUGGUCCACGUGCACCCGGAGCCGGUCGACGACUGCCCGUGUUUCGACGACUCCGUGGCGUUUGUGGGCGUGCUCCUUGGCCUCGACUUGUCCCACUACUUGUGCGUGCUCACGGGCUACUUCGCCGCGAGAAACGAGCAUGCGGACCCGCUCCUCAUCCCGUUCGAUCCGAGCAGCGGCGCGCUCGUUGCCGCGGCCCGCUUUGCCGUGGGCGUGGGGCUCGUGGUGGCCUGGAAACUGCUUCUGAAGCCGCUCGUCUUCACGGUGCUCCCGCCGCUCUACAAAAGGCUCGGCAUCGGCCUGUCCCGGGGCCAUUUCAUCUCCACGGCGCACACGGAAAAGACCACCCGCCAAGUGCGCAGGCAGUCGCUCUCGAACAUGAGGAACGAGCCGUUGGCAGACUUGGACAAGGUGCUCAGCCCGCUCACCGUGACAAUGUCGCCCGAAACCGACAUCGACGCGUACGAGCUCCUAGACUACCAGUCGCACGGCCCCCUGGAGCCCGGGGUGCCGGUCCAAAUCAGUGGUGUGUUCAGGCCCCGGUACGAUGUCGAGAUCACAGGCAGAUGCAUAAUCUACGCGGGCAUCGCGGGCAUGGCUGUGUGGGGCUUGGGCUUGAGCGUGGUGCUCUUGGAUUUG